CAUCUGCACAUCGAGCUCGGUGCGGGCAGGAAGACGCGGUCUGCUGGAUGUCGAUACACCGGCAGAAGCUGCUCAGGAUUAACUAAAUGGAGCUAAAAAGAAGGUCAUCUCUCUAUAUCACAAGGUUCAUAAUAUGCCUCCCAACAUCAAAUAUGGUCUUGGUAGUUCUCGUCUUGCUAAACCAUGGCUGUGUGUAUGUGGCCGGGCAAAUUGGCCAACUAGGCACCUGAUAUUCAUGCUCCCGAAAGACCGAUGUGACUGUGGGAGAAAGUUCACUGGUGACUUCAGAAUCUCCUUUGACGACAUAAAGGUGAAUGGGCAUUACCUGCUUGGCAAAGUCCACAGACAAGGAAAAAAACCUCGUUGUGUAGCGUAUGCUUACGUGCAUGGACUUCAAUUUAAGGAGCGUUUAGAAGCUGUUAUAAUGAAACACGAUCCUAGUCUUCUCAUGGAUUUGGAACCUAAGAAACUAAAUGCCAUGUUCACUGUGAGAUGCCCGGGCAUGCCCGAAAAGAGUCGCUUCAUCAAAGGUGUCCGUGACAUUCGCAUGGUGCAUAUGGCGUUGAUACUGAAGGAAGACGGCCUUAUUGGUCCUGAGCCUAACGUUGUUCAUCGCGUCGAUGAUAUCAUUGUCAUUCCGAGAGAUGAUUUUAGAAGUAUUUCAAUAGCCAUUGCAGAUGGUGCUACUCUUGUCACUACGUUCUAUAGUGGGAAGAAGUUACGUGGUUUGAAAUAUGGCCAAAUUUAUAAAUCAUAUCGAGCACCAAAGUACCGUGGCAAUAAGAGGAAAAGGACAAUAGGGCAUGCUGUAUGUUUGAUAGGUGCAGCGCGGAAGAACAAAGAGGAAUACUUCGAUUUUGUAAAUUCUUAUAAGUUUUUCUGUCGCCGUCGUAAUUCUCGUGGCAUAAUUGUAAAAUCUGGCUUCGGGAGGUUACGCGCUUCCGAUCUAAAAACUAAUGUAAUCCGCCUUUGUCGCGGUAUUACCCCUGGAGAAAAUGAAUGGCGAUUGCAACCGCAGAAUGAAACUGUCCUUAAUGCUCACAAUAAAAAUCUGAUGCGGACUUUGAAGCGUCAGAUUGCAAACCAGCUUGAUAUUGAUGACCAGCUUGAUAUUGAUGGUGGCAUGGAAUUUGAGGACUUUGACAACCACCUGAAUGUAUCUCAUGGUUGGAAGCCUGCUGAAAUCAAGCCACACAUGCCAGGAAAAAGGCUAUCUGUUGAGAAGGUCAGAUGUCAGUUUCUGGUAAAUGCUGGUCCUUGUGGGGAAGUUUAUACGAAUGAUGCCGAGAAGACAACAUCUGACCCUGUGUACCAAAUGCAGUACCGCACAUGUGAUUUAAUUCAAUGGUCACCUCUUGGAACACACUUGGUGACGGUGGAUAGGCAGGGCGCACUUAUGUGGGGCGGUGAUGAUAAGUUUGCGUGUCUCAUGAGCUUCGGAGAUCAGCAGGUGAAAUUGGUCGAUUUCUCUCCUGGCGAGAGAUACUUGGUCACAUACAGCAGCUAUGAGCCUAGUCCCAUGUAUCACACGAAUAUGGUUGUUCUCCAUAUCUUUGAUGUAAGGAGCGGUAAAAUGAUGCUGGACUUUAAGGGAACAGCCGAUGAAUUCACCAGGAGUUCAAGUGUUGGUGUUUAUGGUAUUUCAUGGCCUAUCUUCAGGUGGGGUGGUGGAAGAGAUGAUAAAUAUUUUGCUAAGCUUGGGAAGAAUGUUAUAUCUGUGUAUGAAACUGAGACAUUCUCACUUCUUGAUAAGGAGCCCUUGAAGAUAGACAACGUGGCAGAUUUCAGUUGGUCGCCCACCGAGCCUAUCUUAUCCUGUUUUGUGCCUGAAUUGGGUGGUGGGAAGCAGCCUGCCAGGGUGAGCCUUGUGCGAAUUCCUGGCAAACUGGUGAUGCGGCAGAAAAUUCUUUCCAAUGCUAGCAAUUGCAAGAUGCACUGGCAGCACAAUGGAGAAUAUCUUGCUGUCCAGGUAGAAAGGUACGCGAUAACAAAGGACCAGACUUCCACUGGGUUUGAGCUGUUCAGAAUCAGGGAGAGAGGCAUCCCAAUCGAGUUCUUUGAAUUGGACAACAAAAAUGACAAGAUAAUUGCCUUUGCAUGGGAGCCUAAAGGUCACCGCUUUGCUGUUAUUCAUGGUGAUGGAGAUAUAAGUUUCUACACUGUGCGUACAACCAACAACCUUAGCUGUGUGUGCAAGCUCACCACACUCAAUGGCAGGCAGGCUAAUGCAUUGUUCUGGUCUCCUGCCGGACGCUUCAUUGUUCUUGCUGGUCUGAAGGAUCGUAAUGGCCAGAUGGAGUUCUACAAUCUUGAUGAUCUUGAGACCAUGGCAGUGGCUGAGCAUAAGGCGACUGAUGUCAUGUGGGAUCCUACCGGAAGGUUUCUGGCAACUGUAGUUACCUCGGUGCAUGAGAUGGGCAAUGGUAACUCAGCCAGUGAGAUGGGAACUGGUUUUCAGGUUUGGUCCUUCGAUGGCAAGCAAAUUUGCAAGGUUUCAAAGGAUCAGUUAUAUCAGUUCGGUUGGCGCCCAAGGCCAUCAUCAUCACUACUCAGUCCUAGGAAGGACAUCUCGAUAGAGCGAACCGAGGCUGAAGAUGUACGGACCGAAGGUGAACAAUCAUCUGAGCCAGCAAGAGGUGAUGGGAUUGGUUGUUGCCGUCGACGAAGAAAGAAGCAUAUCAAGCUAAGCCGGUGGUUAAAAUGGCUGUGGUGAACACAACAGGAGGAGGCAAUUUUGCUGUGUAGGAACCUUGACGAGGGUUUUAAAUGAAAAUGUACAGGUGGGGUCAACUAUUCAACGGGCUUGUGAAUGGGGCUGUGAGUUUUGCUGUGAACACAACUGGCUUGUGAAUUUUGCUGUGAACACAACUGGCUUGUGAAGUUGUGAUACUUCGUGCCCCCUAAAUGAAAAUGUACAGGUGGGGUCAACGGUCGAAUUUUGUGAA